CCACUGCAUUAGCCAUCACACACACACACACAGUAGGACCUACCUACCCGCUGUCACCCAGUCAUAAUACAGGAGGUUAGCUGAGCAGCACUGAACCAUGGGAAAACAGAAGAUAUUAAUGGACAAGCUGGCACAGACUUUCCAGAUCCGUAACUUGCUGCUGCGCCAGGCCAUGGCAGAGUGUCUGGGUACCCUCAUCCUGGUGAUGUUUGGUUGUGGUGCAGUGGCUCAACUGGUGCUUAGUGGAGGAUCUCAUGGCAUGUUCCUAACUGUCAACUUUGCUUUCGGCUUCGCUGCCACCCUAGGGAUCCUGGUCUGUGGCCAGGUAUCAGGAGGCCAUCUCAAUCCGGCAGUAACCUUUGCCCUCUGCCUGCUUGGGAGAGAUCGCUGGAGAAAGUUCCCAGUCUACUUCGUCUUCCAGACACUGGGAGCUUUCCUGGGUUCCGGGAUCAUCUUUGGUCUGUACUAUGAUGCUCUGUUGAACUAUGCUGGAGAACUCAUUGUUACCGGGCCCAACGCCACCGCUGGCAUCUUCGCCACCUACCCUGGCAAACAUCUCACAUUGGUCAACGGCUUCUUCGACCAGACGAUUGGCACUGCAGCAUUGAUCGUCUGUAUCCUGGCCAUCGUGGACCCCCAUAACAAUCCCAUUCCCCAGGGCCUGGAGGCCUUCACGGUGGGCUUUGUAGUGCUGGUCAUCGGCCUGUCCAUGGGCUUCAACUCUGGCUACGCUGUCAACCCUGCCAGGGACCUGGGGCCACGCCUCUUUACCGCUCUGGCAGGCUGGGGCACCGAGGUCUUCACUGCCAACCAGUGCUGGUUCCUGGUGCCCAUCUUCGCCCCAUUCCUGGGCGCCAUCAUUGGUGUGGUGGUCUAUCAGCUGAUGGUUGGCUUUCAUCAGGAGGGAGAGGUUCGUGACAGGAAGAGCCAGGAAGAGAGCGUUAAACUGACCAACAUCAACUCAAAGGACGCCCUAAAGGAAGAGAUGUUAUGAGCCUCAAAACCUCCAGCGUCCUCCAUUCUCCACCACUACCACUACCACUACCAGCAUCCUAUACCCCUAAACUCAGCCUCAGUGGGGUACAGUAUGGUCUCCUCGAGGGCCGGUGGGUCCCUUUUCACUCUUAACUCUGACAGCUGUGUGUCUGUUAGUCUGUAAGGAGACAACUACAGUACGCACACACAUUAUGGACCUCAAUCUUUCUCUAUAAUGUUGCAACAGUAUAUCUAUCUCCAGGCGUCCUUUGUCUUACAUUGUAGCUGCAUAGUGUCCUUAAGUAAGAGGGGAGGAAGUAAACACUCAAACACAGAAUUAUAUUAAUUCAAAAUGUUUGGAAAUAAUCCAAGUUUAUAGCCUAGUGUCUUUAUCUCUUCUGUUUGGACCGUAUUUGAUGUUUUAUACUAACAUAGCGUUUGAAUGAUUCCGUUGUAUUUAUAUGCUGUGGACAGAUAGUACAUGUGUCCCGAUCAAAUGAAAUAUGUACGUUUUAGUGAGUCCAUGAAUUUUAAUGUCAACCAGAGGCCUCAUGUCAUAAGAUGUUUAUACUUUAUUUUUUAUUCAUGACUAAACUUAAUUUUUAAGCCCA